UAAAUUUUCCUUUUUAGUAAUGUGUACCUCUAAAUGUGAGUUCUCGUUUAUUUCUCUUUUUUGUUUAAUAGUUCCCGUAAAAUUUAACAAAUAGAGUUCAAUUAAUAAUUUUUCAGAAACUAAAAUUGUUAAUUUUUGGCAAACCUAAAGGACCAAAACUGUAAGUGCAUACUUAAGGGACUUCUUUUAACCUACCCUCAUAGUUAAGGAACCAUUUUUACGAACUUGUGGCAAACUUAAAGGAUUAAAACUAUUAAGUGCAUAGUUUAGGGACUAUUUUGAACUACUCUCAUAGGUUAGGGACAAUUUCCAACUUGAAACACAACAGAAUACUGCUUGAGAUCAAACUAAACGAGCUCAAAAGUACAUCGUUUUAGUUUUUUUUUUUUUUUUUUUUUUUGGUUGGAGUUGGGGGUGGGUGUUAAAACUUAAUUAUAGUUAUUCUUAUUUUCAAUUGGAAAAGGAUAUCUACUUUAAGUAUAUGAACGGAAACAAUCAAUUUCUAAUACAAACAUAAAUUGAGUACUCCUUGAGAUCAGACGCGAAAUAACUCAUCCAAAAGUAGCUCAAUUUUCCUCUCUGCAAUUUGAUCCGUUCACCAAGCUAUAGGUUCCUUUAAUUUAGCCAAUACUUGAUCAUACUUUUUAUGUAUGUAUUUAUUUAUUUGUUUAUUUUAUUCCUGAAUCCUGAUAUUUUAUAAGGUUAAAUUUAUUUCAUCUGGUACCUGAUACCUCCUACCAGAGGCAGGCUUAGGGGAUAGCAUAUAUAAGGUUAAUUUUUUUUAUCCAUAUAUAUUAAAUUUUGCAUCUCUUUAACUUUUUCAUGUGUUUACUUUUUAUUUUUUGUUUCUGAACACUCUUAAUGAAUUAGGUUAAUUUUUUUAUCCAUAUAUAUUAAAUUUUGCUAUCUCUUUAACUUUUUCAUGUGUUUACUUUUUAUUUUUUGUUUCUGAAGACUCUUAAUGAAAAUUCACCUCGGACUCUUAGUGAAAAUUCCGCCUCGGGUCCUCCACUAAAAUUUAAACUUGAGACCUCGUGAUGUACAUGUGUUUAUUUUGGUUACUUGAUUCGUAAAUAUUAAUUUGCCUUUUCACGUGAUCAAUUAUCUACCAAUUUCUACUGGUCCCAAAAAUUAAAAGUUUGAAUUAUGAUCCAUAUCUUUUUAUUUUUUUUAUUUUGAUAAUGAUGGUGUCCCGACCCAGUUUAGGCACCCGGACUUUCAUGUGAUAGGUGCUACUUGCCGGUGCAUGUACCGGACAACUCUAACCUCUGGCCAUCAAAGCUUAGCCAGAUAGAAGAAAUCAACUAGUGUUACCUGAGCUCUCAUGUUCUCUGCUCACUCAUUGAUUACUAAGUUGCACCGUUGGGUGCAACCGUGGUCUAUAUUUUAUGAUUUGAGCUUCUUAUUCCAUUAUUAUAUGGUUAUACUAUCUCUCUCUCAAAAUUCUGGAGGAUCUUGGUAUAAAAGUUUUAAUCUUUUCUUUUGAUCAACCGGUACAUACUUUGCUGUCAUACCAAACAACCAUUGUUUUUCUUAUUUCUGCUUUAUAUAUUAUAGGUAAUGGCACUUGAAUGCUUCACGUGGACUACAGAACUAUUGGGUUCACUACUUCAUACAACAUGUAGAGUUGAUGAUGGUGAAACUUUUGAACGUUUGCCCGAUUGUCUCAUCAUCGAUAUUCUGAGUAGGCUUCCUCCACAUUCUCUUCUUAGAUGUCGAUGGGUUUGUAAUUGUAGGCAUUGGAGAGCUUUGGUCUCAUUACAGGACUAUUUUACCACCUUACAUGAUGAUCUCUGUAGAGCUAGUAGACCCAUGCUUCUCAUACAUGAUCAUUUUGCCAAGUACGGACAGGAUCUUUAUGUUUUUGGUGAAAACAAGAAGAAGAAGAAGGCCGCCUUCAAGAAACUUCAUCUCAGACCUGAGCUGAUGAUUAAUAAGCACUGGGAACACCUGCUUUCUCUUAUAUACUAUUGUCAAGGAGUUCUUCUGUUUGCUUCCUCAAAGUUGGAGUCAACUUAUUAUGUUUUCAACCCGAUAACAGAAGAGGAAGUAACUUUACAACAUACACUUCACCCCAGCUACUUGUGUGCUCUGUACUUUUGUCCUUACACAAGACAAUUCAGAAUUCUUUACGUGCAAGUACGAGACAGUUGUUGUCAGUAUUUCAUAUGUAUUUUCCGGACACGGAUGUGGAGGAAAAUCCGUUUAUCCUCCUCUUUCAACUUUUUGCCAUCCCGUGUCAAUCCGGCAGUUGUUAAUGGAGCAUUGCAUUGGGUCAUACUGCACGAUUUAGAAAGAAAAAAUACUCCUCCUUGUGAAAACGGAAUCAUGGUUUUUAGAAUGGAUAAGGAAGAAUUCUCUGCUAUGCCUCAUCCUGGAAGUACUGUGUGCAACCCAAAGCAAGCGUAUCGAACUAUGACUCUUUUUCUGAAGGAUGAUCGUUUGGCUUUCUGUAACUUGCUUUUCCCUGAGUAUGCUAUCGAUAUAUGGAUUUUGGAGGACUAUGAGACGCGGGCGUGGAUCAGGUACAAGGUUAAUCUCUCUGAUAGGAGAAUUUUCCCUUUUAAUUUGUGUUUCAUGGAAAUUCCAUCGCCAAUUGGCGACAAAUCUGGGCGGAUAAAGCUGUUGAGCGUCCAAGAAGGUGAACUUAUGCUUGACAUGUGGAAUGAAGGGUUAAUUCUUUAUAAUUUAUAUCAUAGAACUAUGAAGAGAAUUGAAUUGCCGCGACAGGAAAUGAAGUUAUAUACUUGUAGUCCUCAUAUGAAGAUUUUCCUGGUAAUAGCCUAAUUAACUUCCCUGUUCUUGUUAUUAACCUUUCUAAUUUCAUUGUUUUCUAGUUAUCCAAUGGUGUUUUUAGUUGUGUUGGUAGUAUAAUGAAACCAUCUAUGUAGUUGUUAUAUUUGUGAGUACGCAGUUUCUUUAUUUCCUGGGUUUUAUGCCAUAAAAUAAUUUGUACAUUGAAGAAGAACGGAAACUAACCAGAGGAAUACAAAGGCAUAACAACGACGAUUUAUGUAAAUACUUGUAUACAACAACAAC